AUGCGCUCUCCGCCCGCCGCUGCCGCCUCCGCCUCGUUGCUCCUGGUCGCGCUGCUGCUGGUUGCGCCGCCGCUCGGGGACUCCGAGAGCCCAAAGGGGAAGCAGAAGCCGCUGCGCCAGAGGGAGGUGGUGGACUUGUACAAUGGAAUGUGUUUACAAGGACCUGGUGGUGUUCCUGGACGAGAUGGAAACCCUGGCAUCAAUGGAAUUCCUGGGACACCUGGAAUCCCUGGUCGGGAUGGGUUGAAAGGAGAAAAAGGAGAAUGUAUGCGAGAAAGCAUUGAGGAGUCUUGGACACCCAACUUUAAACAGUGUUCAUGGAGUGCGCUGAAUUAUGGCAUAGAUCUUGGGAAAAUUGCAGAAUGUACAUUCACAAAGAUGCGCUCUAACAGUGCUCUAAGAGUUCUCUUCAGUGGAUCACUUCGACUCAAAUGCAAAAAUGCAUGCUGCCAGCGGUGGUAUUUUACAUUUAAUGGAGCCGAAUGCUCUGGGCCACUUCCUAUUGAAGCCAUAAUUUAUUUAGACCAAGGAAGCCCAGAGCUGAAUUCAACUAUUAAUAUACAUCGCACUUCUUCAGUGGAAGGACUGUGUGAAGGAAUCAGCGCUGGGUUGGUGGAUGUUGCUAUUUGGGUUGGUACUUGUGCAGAUUACCCAAGAGGUGAUGCUUCUACUGGAUGGAAUUCUGUCUCUCGUAUCAUCAUUGAAGAGCUGCCGAAAUAGAAGUUUUUUCUAAACCUCCUUAUAACCCAUCAUUCCCAAGCCCCCCUAUCAAUUUUUUAUACAGAUUUUGUACAAUUAAACUUUGAAAUUGAAUAUUUCUGUAGAGCUUUGUAAGCAUCUGGCCAGAAUACAAAGACUUGCUUACAAGCACCCUAGUUGAGUUUUUCCAGAUGAACUGUUUAACAUGUAGGCACAUCACUGUUAAGCACACCUGGCAAGUUCUUCUACAAUAUAUGUUUAGAAUAUUAGAAACAAGUUUGUCCAGUUGUUUUAUUAUAAUUUGGACUGAAUAUUUAUCGCCUUUGUAAAAACUAGAGAUUAAAUCUUUUUAUAUCGGUUAAAUAAAUAAGACCUUUUAUAAAGAGAAGCAAAAAUCCAGGCUAUUUUAUUGUCAGCAAAAUGCGAAGGGUUUUACUUUUUACAUGACUAUUAUGAAACAGGUGUAUUAGAGUAGCUUGACAGACAUGAAAGUAGUAUCUGUGGAGAAAAUAAUAUACUUUAUUCUUCAUUUUAGAUUUCAAGAGCAUUACUUAAAAGCAUCAAAUCAUAUUAUUCGAACCUGACUGUACUACUGUAGCACCAGUUUAUUCAACUUUACUAUAGUUCUGAUUCAACUCCCAUUGAUGUUAGUGAGAGUUGGAUCCAGGCCGAUAAGAAGCAGAAAAUAUCUCAUUUUAAAAGAUUAAGUUUUCAGCAUACCAUUUUGGCUUUUUCACCACUAAGUUAAAUAACUCAUUAAGAAGUUUUCCGCACCCAAUUUGUUUUUAGUAUGGAAGUCAGUCAGUACUGAAGACGACUAAUAAGGGUGAAUAUAUUGGACAACUUUACUACAACAAAUGUUGAUUUACCUUAAUAAUUAAGGUACUUCAUUUCCCCAACAAACUAGUUUAUUUCAUAGUCUUCUUAGCCAGUCACCACUUAUCACUUUGGUGCUAAGAUAAUUAUAAAUCAGCAAUACAAAAGCAUUAAGUGUGUUACAGUAAUAGGAAUGGAAAAAAUAAAUAUUUAAGGGUAGGCUCAAAUGCCUCAAGCUGUAUGGCCUUCAGAAUAGUUUGCAAGUGUUAGAAGCAAUCACACUAUGAAGGUGAUCAUGUUGAUCAUUCAGCAUUUCUCAUAGCUAACUAGCAUUCUAAGUAUUCACUCCAAAAUGUAGCUGUCAGGUGAUAGUACCCACAAAAGUGGGGCCCUUUUAAAUUUUUACAACUUAAAAGCUACGUGGUUAGGAAGAACUCAAAUUUUGCACUGAAGACACAAUCCAAAGGAAAAGUCACUAAAGCAUAUGUAACAUGCGAAAGUGUAAUGACUAGUUUUCCCUAGAAUUAAAAAGAAAAAAAACCUGUACAGCUUAGAUUCAGGUUUUAACUUUAUUUCUUUAACAAAAAAGAACACCACUUUGGCUCAGCCAGGUUCUGAAGAGAAUAUGCAAUACAUAUUUUUUAAGAUUGUUGCCGCAUUUCCCUCUCAAAUUUCUACCUCCAUUUUACAGUGAGUUGGUACCAUAUAAACUAACCUGAAACUAGGAGGGCUGUCAGGCUCUUCUACCUGGAAAUAAUAUCAGUGUUGCUGCUGAGGUCCAGCAAGCUAUACAGCGGAUUUAUUUCCCUAGAACUUUGUUCACUGCCACUGUUUUCAUGGGGUUUCAGAGUAUAUUCUCAUGUUCAAGUGGUUAAUAAUGCAAUGCCCUAUUGAAUUAGUCCUACAUGAUAUGUACGUGAUUUUUUUUAAAAUAAAAACUUCAUAAAGGCACAUGAAGUUAACAACUGCAUUAUACAGAGAUGUUAAGUUUUGUAAUUCACAUGAUGGCCUUUGAGUAAGUUCAGUUAUCAUUCAAGUACAAAUGAAAUGUAAAUAUUAAAAAUGCCCAGAUAAUAAAGAAGGCUAGCUAACGGAACCCUAACAGUAUCCCAUCUCUGCUGAAUGCCACUAAUUUCAUAAUUUAGACAUUUAUGUUCUCAGGUCUGUGUGAGUGGGAGUAGGAAUGGGUUAUUUAUUAUUUAUAUUACUGUAGCACCUGGGAUUUCUAGUCACAAACCUGGACCAUAUAGUGCUAGGUGCUGUAAAAACAUAGAACCAAGAUAGUCCCUGCCCCAAGAAGCUUAGUUAGUAAAGACUUAAACAUGCAGGAAAGAUUAACCAAGAAGGCAGUAAGAUUAGUCAAUUGGAACAAACAUUCCUCUCAAUAUCAAGCUACUCUUCAGAUAGUUGAAUUAAGAAUGCUCAACAUUUUACCUUUUGCAAUGUCCUAAAUUCCAGGAUCAUAAAAUUACUCAAUCCAGACUCUUUCCAAAAUUACUUCUUAUGUAUAAUGAACUUGCCAUAGGUUAGGUUGGCUUAUUGUGAAAAGAUGAGCUUUUGGAAUAAUCAAUUUCCUAAGCAAUAAAGAAGGUAAACCAGUUGCCAUGCUCCAAGUUAUUUAACUUACAGGCUGAAUAAUUCUUGUAUUAACAUUUAUUAACUCCUGCCUCUCAUUUGAUACUUCAUACAAAACAAUUAAAUGCUGUUACAAACGUGGAUAUUUGCAAAGAACGCAUUUUCCUGAUGCAGAAUUAAGAACAACUAAAGUCGGCUAACUCUGAAAAACAUGUACCCUGGAAUGCCAUUACUGUUUCAAAUGUUCUUCUACAAAAUGACCUAUAAUCUUUGUUUAUUGGGAAAAGUGCUGACGCAAGUUAUGACAAUCACACUCUUAAAUUAAGAGCCAAGAUGGCAUUUUUUUUCUUUUAAAAAAGGCAACUUCUCCCAUGCACACUGCUUAUGAUGGAAGACUACAUAUGGACUCAUGCAUUUCUGCUGUGGUGUCAAGUAAUACUUUGAAUAAAAAGAACAAGGAGUACUUGUAGCAUCUUAGAGACUAACAAGUUUAUUUAGGUGUAAGUUUUGUGGGCAAAA